UCUACAUAGGGAGGUCCAGGACAGCUGGAGCUAAAUAGUGAGAUCCUAUCUUGAAAACAAAACAAAACAAAAACUCGACGAGGGCUAAGGCCUGGGCAGUGGCUUCUUCAGUAAUAUUUCCCCAGAAUGAACCAUACGCUGACCCAGCUCCUGAAGUGUCCCCCCUCCUACAGCUAAAAUAUCAAACAGGUAACUAGUCAUCUCAGUCACUUCAACAAGUGGCUCUUAGCUACUGUGUGCCAGUUGAUGAAGCCUUCAGUAAUACUCUGUAGUAUUCCAAAGUCCUCAUCCAGGGAGGUGAGGUAGCUCAGGGUAGACAGACUUGUUCGGGGAAUGGUGGAGGAGGCCAAGAGGCCCUGGCAGGAACUCAUUCUGGAGGCCGUGAUCUAGGUCACAGAGUCUCUGGCUUCGCAUCUACUGGGAAAUUGUUAGAAAUUUGAACUCUGAAGCCAGGUGUGGUGGCUUUGCCUGCAAUCCCGCUUUUAGGAAGUGGAAGAAAGUGGAUUGUCAUGAGUUUCAGGCCACCCUGGGCUACUUAGUGAGACAGACUAGAAAACGUGGACUCGAGUCCCACCCAGACCUCCUGAAUCAAGUGAUGGUAGGGCUAGCCUUCUGGGUCUGGACAAGCUCCUCAGUGUAGUCCAGACACGACACGUUUCAGAGGUACUAGUCCAAAACAUUCACCCUCCGCCCAGAAAAAAAACAACAACACAGUUCUACCCUUUGCAGAGGCUAGCUCAAUCCUUCCCAUGGUGAUCCAUGAGGAAACAAGCAGCAAGGCGGGUAGGAAACACCUGGGGGUCUUGCUUUCGUCCCUGGGUGUAAUCCCGGAAUGGUCUAAGAAAACCCAGCAAAGCCAUAUACAAACCAAGAUGGAGUCCUGAGCAAUGUUUAGUAAUCUGCAAGAAUAGAGAGAAAGAGGAAUACAGAAAAUGAGUAACAUGGCAGAUGGAAAGAUGAGUCCAUCUGGAGGGCAUGGUUCCCAGCAGGGGAGGUGGGCAAGUGGCAGAUGUGUGCUAAUCAAGUGUUUGCUAUCAACAGUAAGACUUUGAGUCUGAGUCUGCAGGUUCCCCCAGCUAGGACCAAAGCAUGCCCAGAGGCAGGCAAGAGCCUUGGGGCAGGGGGCUUUGGAAAGUUUGGCCUGUUCAUUAGAACAGUUGAGAAGAUCUGAAUGACCCUCUUGAUGCUGAACAACUGCUGUGGAUUAGAUAACACGCAGGAGGGAGACCUCAGUGUGACCGGCCCUCUGCAGCUCCAGCAAGAGUGUAUUUAGCAUUAGUUGGACACUAGAAUCAGACUGUUAUCAGAGGCUGGCUCAGCAGUGUGUUCUCAAGGAAGAGAUUGCCCUCUGGCCCCUAGUUGGCACACAGUGCAGUGAAUGAUGGUUCUUGGUCCUUGCGGAUGACUUGGUGACAGCAGCACACAGAUUUGGGGUUUAGUCUUGUGAGUCUGGCCUAAUGCCCAGGCUGCCAGUUAGAUACCCUCAGGGCAUAGUUUCUGUGCUGUUUCCUGUUGAGCUGUGAGCUGCCAAUCUCUCUCCAUCUUGUAGUACUUCCCCUGAGCUACACCGUAACAGGCGGUCCAAGGCCUUGACAGGAAGGAACAGGAACACACAUUCUGGCUACUAGUUAACCUAACUACCAAGUUCUCACACACUGAGCGCUAACCAACACUGGAGUUUUCUUUCACAGCUCACCACAUGGAAAGUGGACAGCGACUGUCUCAGAUACAGACUAAACACCUCCUAUUUAUUAGCUGUAUGGCACGAAACUGAGUCUUCUAAGCUUGUCACUUCAUCUAUCAAAUGCUGGUGUGACCAGAAGUGACAAGGUGAUGUUAAUAUUCUGCAUGGAGCCAGAUGUGGUGCAUGCAUGCCUUUAGUCCCAGCAAUGGGGAGGCAGAGGGAGGUGGAUUGCUCUUGAGCGUGGGGCUAGCUUGUACUGUACAGUGACACCUAUCUAAAAACAAAAACAAAAAUGUAGAUGGAAAGAGGGGACAAGUUCUGACGACCUUGACAGACAUUUUAAAGCUCCCUUUUAUUUAUAUGCUCAGAACCAUGAUGCCAUGUUGUCCAUGGUGGCCAGUCUUUUGGGCUCAAGCUGUCUUCGUACUUGCAGACCCGUACUCCCCUCCCCCACCCCCCCAGGCUCUUGACAAAGACUUCUAAUUUAGCAAGCACCAUUACCUCCAACCACGGAAAUACCUUUUCUGACCCGGGACUGUUUCUGCCCUUUUGGCUGAAACCUCCAGCUAGUGUCUGUUUCCUCAGAACAUUCCUGUUCCUGAGGGCUCAAGGAGAACAACAGAUUUAAUUAACUCCCGGUGACUGGCAGCAUCGUGUUUUUAUCUGGGCUGCGUCACCAUGGCAGCCUCGUGGUGGGGUUGUCGAGGGGGCGGGCAGAGCUAUUGUUCCUACCCUUGUCUGCUCUGGAACGCAGGCCCAGGAUAGGACUGGCAUGGGCACCGAGUGGCACAUGGCUGAGGGCAACCAGAGCCAGACAGAAGCCAUCUGGGGAAGAUGGGGUGGCCAAGGCCUGGCAUCCUUUCAGCCUGGGUCUUAAGCUGAUUGUGGACACCAAAGCUGAGUGAAUGUUGGUGUGCCAAGGGCAAGCAGUUUCUUAGAGCUCCUGGAAAACCAUACUUCCCACGAGCUCAGGCCAGGGCUUUGCUGCUAGGCCUAGGUUCAAAUUAGCGCUGCCAUCUGUGCAGUUCACUGCUCUUCCAGUUCUCAGCUGUGAGUUAGAAAUAAUUCGUUACCCAAAGGGUUGUGUUAAAGCUCCUGGUAGAAGGCAUUGGAAAAGGGCCCUGGGGAUGGUGACCGUCUGUUGCUUGCUGGCCUUAACUAAGCAGUCAGGGCUCCUGAAUUCUCUCCCGAUGCAGAGAUGUCCUCAGCCCCCUGCUGUGAUAGGAGGUGGAUCCGAAAGAUAAAUCUCAUCUAAUUUCCCACCCCUCUGCAAAGAGGGGAAGGAAUUGGUGGAAGGGAGGGGAAGGGCUGGAAGUAAGAAAGAUGCAGCCACGUGGGGUUUGCGCAUGAGUAGGUGGUGAGGGAAGUCAAGUUGGGCCUGGAAUCCGGCUGGCAGAGGCGCCUAGAGGAAGGAAAGAGCGCCUGGCCCACGCCCAGCACACCGCAUCGGGAGCAAACAAAGAGAGGGCCGGUGGCAUGCAGUGGCAGCCGCUCGCCAGUCUCUUACAGGCGUGGCUAAUAUCUGGAAGCAGUGCAGGGCAGAAGCGUGGUGUGCCAAGCGAGCUGCUAGUGGACCUCCAGUUGGUGGACUGUCCUUUUCUCCACCCAAAAUAACCGCGCCGAGACUACUCUAGUGCCCUAGUGUUCACAGCCUCGGAAAACCACCUCGAAGCUGGACCCUGGGGUUGCGGGCGGACUCCGCGCGCCCCCUGCUGGCCGGUCUUGGGUCGCGUCGGCACGCGGUGGCCGGGUCUCGAUUCGGGGAAACCCUAUCAGGGGAACCUCGGGCGUGACGUCAUCCCUCGGUGACGUCACCCGGCCCCCGGGGAGUGCGGGGGUUCCCACCGAGGAGGCAUCCCCGGCCCUGCGCGGGACGCGGGUGCAGUCCGGGAGUCACCCAGGAUCCCGGCGAGCCUCGCUGAGCCCUGUGUCUGCCCCGCAGGUCGCUCGCGGCCCCGGGUGAAGCAGGCCCGCGCCGGCCGGCGCCAUGGAAAGGAGCGGGAACCAAAGUUGCCCUCCGCCGGCAUGCGCGCCCAUUGAGCCCCGCCGCAGGCAGCCCCCGGCCGCAGGUCCCCAAGUGACGCUGGCGGCACCUGGGAGCGUGGCGCGGCCCCGGGGCCACGCUGAGGAGCCCAGCGUCCAGUAAAGCUGCCGAGGACCUGCCUCUUGCGCCGCAGCCAUGGUGAUGUCCCAGGGCACCUACACGUUCCUCACGUGCUUCGCCGGCUUCUGGCUCAUCUGGGGUCUCAUCGUCCUGCUCUGCUGCUUCUGCAGCUUCCUGCGCCGCCGCCUCAAACGGCGCCAGGAGGAGCGACUGAGGGAGCAGAACCUGCGUGCCCUGGAGCUGGAGCCCCUCGAGCUUGAGGGUAGCCUGGCUGGAAGUCCUCCGGGCCUGGCGCCGCCGCCACCACCACACCGCAGCCGUCUGGAGGCGCCUGUGCACGCGCACUCGCACGUGCACGUGCACCCGCUACUGCACCACGGGCCCGCGCAGCCGCACGCGCACCCGCACCCACACCAUCACGCACUGCCGCACCCACCGCCACCGCACCUCUCCGUGCCGCCUCGGCCCUGGAGCUACCCGCGCCAAGCGGAAUCCGACAUGUCUAAGCCGCCGUGCUACGAGGAGGCGGUGCUGAUGGCCGAGCCGCCGCCGCCCUACAGCGAGGUGCUCACGGACACUCGCGGCCUCUACCGCAAGAUCGUCACGCCCUUUCUGAGCCGCCGCGACAGCGCGGAGAAGCAGGAGCAGCCGCCUCCGAGUUACAAGCCUCUCUUCCUGGACCGGGGCUAUACUUCGGCGCUGCAUCUUCCCAGCGCCCCGCGGCCCGCCGCCCCCUGCCCUGCCCUCUGUCUGCAGGCUGAUCGCAGCCGCCGGGUCUUCCCCAGCUGGACCGACUCAGAGCUCAGCAGCCGGGAGCCCCUGGAGCACGGAGCUUGGCGCCUGCCCGUCUCCAUCCCCUUGUUCGGGAGGACUACAGCCGUAUAGAGGGGCGCCCGGCGUCCCGGGCCCCACGGGCGAACUCCUAGCCUGACUGCGGGGCUUUUUAAACGCUUCCCUUGGACUGCAGGGAGGGGUGGGGGGAGGGUGGGAUUUCUUACCCCGUUUGUUACAUUUUGAGGAUAAUAAAGGUGUGUGAUCUGCUUUGGUACAA